CCGCCCACAAAUCCAGACUGUCACCAGAACUUACUUGCCGCCGCCGUCCUAUUUUUGUCUACAGACAUGAGCGGAGAGCUUGCGUCGUUCCUCCUGCACCUGUCAAAGAGGCAGCCGCUGACUCUCUUGCCUCCUCCCACCGGCCGCCCCCGUCCGUCGGACGCGUCCAACGUGGAGGAAGCAUCGGCUGCCUUCACCUCGUCGAGAAACGUGGCUUCCCUCAGAGACACUGGCGGUCACCACACUCCUCCGACCUUCAGGUUGUACAGGGAGUUGGAGCGAGAAUACCUCUGGCUGACAUGCAAGGUAUUUAAGGACAAGGGAGGUCUGAGGGACCAUCAGACCAUGGCAACAAUGAGCACUGAAGGACAAUACCCAGUUCUGUUGGAUGUCCUCUCCGACCUUGGACUUAAGCAGUAUUACCCCAACAAACUCAAACUUCAGUCCCUUCUGGAAGUCAACCAGAACAGCAUGAAUGAAAAAAGUGUUAUCUCAGCGGAAGAAGUGCCAUUUUAUUACCUGAGAAAACUGUUUAAAGUCAAUGCUGGUUGCAGGAACUACACACAGUUGUUUAGCAGACAUGAGGAAAGUGAUGAUGAAUUGGACUCAAUGGACCUUUACACAGCAGACGGCCUCUCAGUAACCACAGUUCAUCCUCUGGACCUGAUAGUGUGUCUAUUUCUUUGUGCCGACAGCUUUUUGCAGCAGGAAAUGGCCCUCAAAUUGUCAUUAUGCCAGUUUUCUGUCCCUCUGUUGUUGCCCCACACCAACAGUCAGUGUACCCUGAUGUCAUGGGCUCUGAGAGAAAUUGUCAAAGAGUGGUGUCCGCAUGAUUUGUGUGAAUCCAAAGGAUUUGUUGAGGACAACAUCGUCCAGGCAGAAAUUGCAUUAUUUUCUUUUGUGAGGCUACAAAACUGCAGCCUAUCCAAAUCGCAGAUUUUAAAUCAAAUUCUUAGCCGUGACCAGCAGAAUCACAAUAUCUUUAUACACAGAGACAUGGAAGGGGGCGCACUCCCUCGAAAAAUGUCAAAUGGUUUGGUAGAAGUUAGCUGGUUCCUUCCUUGCGGAAAAGAAAAUAUGGACACAUUCCGAGAGCCAAUUGCACUUGCUAAUUUGCGAGGAGACAUUUGUGAGUCACUUAUGCAGUUCAACUUCCUUUGUGAAGUGUCCAAUGCAGUCUUUGUAUUCCUUGACAUGGUUGAAGAAAAAGAGGAGACAAUUCUGAAUGCUCUUCACGAUGCAAAAUCCAAACUCCAUUUUGUUGUUAACAACAAAGGGAGUCACACUGAGGAUCUGAUGUCCGUCAAAAAAAUACUGCGAAAGUUGGAUAUAGGAAAAAACAGUAUCGAAAUCAAAAAUCCCAGAGUAAAUUCAGCAGAGUUUUCAAAGAGACUUUGCGAAACCAUCAAAACCUCACUCCGUGAUGUAAAAACCAGAACGAGUAUUGCAAAUAUGCACAAAACGGCAGAUAAAUUAGGUCUGGCUGUGGAUGAAAACAAAACUGUUGAACAGAAAAACACAGCUGAGGCGAUCAUGAGUCGUAUCGGUUUGCGAACCAUACAAGACUUUAAAAAACAACAACUUCCUCUGCAAGGGGAACAUUGGAAAAGACUAUCAGAACUGGAGAAAGAGGAAUGCAGGAUCAGUAAUUUUGGCAUCGAGGGGGUUGAGCAUCAAAAAGCUCAAAUACAAGAAGAGAAAAAGAACAUUUGGGAGUUGCAAAAGAGGCAAAAAAUGUCCCAAGGAAUGCAGGAUUUUAUUGCAACCUUAUCAACAAGCAACAAAGAAGAAAGAAAUGUUUUCUUGAAGUGGAUGAAAUUCCAGUUUAAUACCCAUUCUAGAGACAAACUGACCAGCCUGCGGAACAAAUUGAAAGAGCAAUGGCAAAAGAAGAAUGCCAAACUCAUUAAAAAGUUUAGUCAGGAUUUGGUGGACAGCUCUUUAGGGGUGGAGCAUUACAUGAGAGAAAUGGGACUUAACUAUGAAGUAUCUGUGCAUGUGGGUGAUUCCACAGGUAAAAUGUGCCAUUUACCUGCCAUAGCUGCUGAAAUGCUGUUGGAUGGUCAUCCAUUAGAACUUUUAGAUGGAGAUGCUUCUAACAUCCCAGAGAAGUGGGUGACAGCUGUAUUGAUGGAGCUUCACAAGAAGGUCGGGGGAAGGAGCAGGUUGUUGGUACUAACUGUGUUAGGUGUUCAAAGUACUGGAAAAUCAACACUUCUCAACACCAUGUUUGGUGUUCAGUUAGCGGUCAGCAGUGGCAGAUGUACAAGAGGGGCUUAUAUGCUAUUUCUCAAAGUUGGAGACCAUGCACAACAAGAGUUGGGUUGUGACUUCAUUCUCCUCAUUGAUACAGAGGGUCUGAAAUCCUCUGAUCUUGCGCAUGUGGAAGAUAGUUAUGAGCAUGACAACCAGCUAGCCACCUUUGUCAUUGGCUUAAGUGAUGUUGCAAUCAUAAACAUUGCAAUGGAGAAUGCAAAUGAAAUGACAGAUGUCCUGCAAAUUGCUGUCCAUGCCUUUCUGAGAAUGAAACAAAUCGGGAAAAGGACAAUUUGUCAUUUUGUGCACCAAAAUGUCGCCGAAGUCUCUGCUCACAACAAAACCCUGACAGAAAGACAACAUCUUUUGGACAAACUCAAUGAAAUGACAAAGAUUGCAGCUGAAAUGGAGAGACAACCUGGGAUUCACAGGUUCACAGAUGUGCUCGACUAUGACAUAGAAAACAACAACUGGAACAUCCCAGGACUUUGGCAUGGAACCCCUCCAAUGGCACCAGUGAACAUCGGUUACAGUGAAGCUGUAUCAGACUUCAAGAAGAAUCUUCUGGAGAUCACAGGAGGAAAUAAUCAAUUUGAAGCGUCAACAAUCCCAGAGCUUCUAGAAUGGAUGAGCUCUCUGUGGAAAUCAGUGAAAUAUGAAAACUUCAUCUUUAGCUUCAGAAACACACUUGUGGCUCAUGCCUAUGACAACCUGUGCAAAGAGUUCCUCCAGUGGGAAUGGGAGAUGCAAAAAGAAAUAUUCUCCAGGCAGACAGCAGCAGAGUUGGAAAUUGUAAAUGCCAACAAUGAAGUUGGACUGGAAACAUGGAACUCAUUGAUCACCGCCAAAAAAACUGAACUAGCUCAAGAAAUAGAACUACAACAAAAAAAAAUGGAAGAGAAACUCCUUGAUUACUACAGAAAGAGAGACAGAAAUGUAAAGCUGACAGAGAGGUACAAAACGGACUUUUUCAAUAGUAUUACAAGUGUGUCAAAUGAGAUUAGACAUUCAGUCAAUGCUAAAUUGGACAGAGUCCUGGAUCUCAAAAUAGCUAAAAAAAAAGCACUGGACAUACAACAAGAGUACCGUGGCAGGAUUGAAGAGAGAGUCAUGAAGCUUCUGGGCGACUGCAAAGACACCAGACUGUCUGAUGACCAACUGCGAGAGGAGUUUGACAAAAUGUGGGCUUCUGCCACUAUCAAUGUACCUGCACUGAAAGAAGAAGAUAUACCUGCAUCCAUUCUCACCCAGCUGAAGAAAAAUUUCUCAAAUCGAAAUGUAAAUGAGGAACUGCAGCAUGUUCAAGACCUACAAGGCUGUGGGACUGGCACAUUUAAGACAAGACACGACCAUGUUGACCCUCUUUAUGCAACAGAUAGGGACACGUGGGCAGAUUUCCAAAGGUAUGCAGAUGACAUCAUUAACACAGAAAGACAGUUUGUUAUUGAUCAAACCCAGUCCAUGGGUUAUUAUCGUGAAUCUUUCUCAAGAGAUCUGCUGCGAAGGAUUGACGAAUCACUUAACAAAUGUUACAGUCGUCACGGAUCAAACACAACAUUUGAGAUUGACAUCAAACUUCACAUUUGUGGAAUUGCUGCAAGAGAAUUCCUCAAAAUACACCAAAGGUUCUUGUUGAAGAAUGACCCCCGAACACAGCUGGAAAAGCACAAGAAUCAAUAUUUGAUGGAUUUUAUGGAUUUGUACAAACAGACAGACCAUUGCCAACGCAAAGCCAACGAUUUUGUCCAGUUUUGUGUCAAGCCUGCCAUUGAAGAUUACAUGAACCGAACAUUGGGAAUCGACAUUGUAGAUCACAUUCUGAGCAGCUGCGACUCGAUGCAGUUCAGUUCACGCUCUUGUUUCCAGUACAACAUUCAGAAGGAGUUAUUGCUGAAAGAUGACUUCGCCGCUUUUCUCAAGUACAUAUCGCAGUAUGAAAUGUACGUCAAAGAGUGGAUAUUUGCGCACGUCUUAGAAAAAUUGCAAGACAAUACUUUGUGCAAAUUAAAGCUGCGGAAUCUCAAACUAAAUGUUAACAAAAUAUCAAAAGCAUUGAAACGUGCCUUAAAGAAGCAAUCUGAUGGCACUGAGAGUAUUCCAAAUCUCAUCCACGAAAUGCGCCUAUUUCUGAUAAAAGACAUCACGAUAUCCGAGCAGGCUGAAAAAUGCGUUUUGUUUCAGAUCAAAUCCACAAUGAAUUCAUUCACACAAAAAUGUAUUGCAUCCUUAAAUUGGUUAAAGGAAACACUGCAUGUGGAACUCUCCGACACUGAAGACAUACCUGAAACCUUGAAUAAACUUGCAGUAAAACCACAGGAUGAGCUCUUCAAGAGGAUUCUCGGAUGCGGCCAGCAGUGUCCAUUCUGUAAAAUCUCUUGUGAGGCUGGCGGCAAAAACCACGAAAAACAUUACGCAUCUGUCCAUCGGCCACAGGGGCUUGGAAAAUGGAGAAAGUCUGUGACUGAAGAAUUGAGUAUAUGUCUAUGUCCAAACUAUGUUCAUGGUACUCGUUCAUUCAGACAUCAAAGGGAGGGAUCAGUGCAAUACAGAGACUACAGUACAGUGUUUUCCGACUGGUACAUUCCUCCAGACGCCACAAUGGAAGCGUCUGAUUACUGGAAGUUCGUAUUGGUACGUUAUAAUGAUCGUUUUGCUAAAGAGUUUCACGCCAAGCCAGCUCGGGUUCCGGAAGCCUGGAAGAGUAUCACAAAGGAGCAAGCCCUGAAGGGUUUGAAGGAUACUUUUAACAUUUGUUAAUCUUUUGCAUUGGCAACAGUAGUAAACCUGGUGCAUGGUGUAACAUUUGUAUAGAGUUGUAAUAUCCAUAACACAUGGCUAGGAUUUACGACAGACGCUACCUUUUCAGAGAUUGUCAUUUAUUGAAGAAGAAAUGUUGUGCUAUUCAAAUAAACCAUGACAACAGAAGUAAUUUAUUGCCACAUUUUAAAAAGGUUGAUUGUGUUAUGAUAGUAUCAAUAAUAAUCAAUCAAUGUUUAUUUAUAUAGCCCCAAAUCACAAAUGUCUCAAAGGACUGCACAAAUCAUUACGACUACGACAUCCUCGGAAGAACCCACAAAAGGGCAAGGAAAACUCACACCCAGUGGGCAGGGAGAAUUCACAUCCAGUGGGACGCCAGUGACAAUGCUGACUAUGAGAAACCAUGGAGAGGACCUCAGAUGUGGGCAAACCCCCCCCCCCCUCUAGGGGACCGAAAGCAAUGGAUGUCGAGCGGGUCUAACAUGAUACUGUGAAAGUUCAAUCCAUAGUGGCUCCAACACAGCUGCGAGAGUUCAGUUCAAAGCGGAUCCAAGACAGCAGCGAGAGUCCCGUCCACAGGAAACCAUCCCAAGCGGAUCAGCAGCGUAGAGAUGUCCCCAACCGAUACACAGGCGAGCGGUCCAUCCUGGGUCUCGACUGUGGACAGCCAGUACUUCAUCCAUGGUCAUCGGACCGGACCCCCUCCACAAUGGAGGGGGUGACAUAGGAGAAAAAAGAAAAGAAGCGGCAGAUCAACUGGUCUAAAAAGGAGGUCUAUUUAAAGGCUAGAGUAUACAGAUGAGUUUUAAGGUGAGACUUAAAUGCUUCUACUGAGGUAGCAUCUCCAACUGUUACCGGGAGGGCAUUCCAGAGUACUGGAGCCCGAACGGAAAACGCUCUAUAGCCCGCAGACUUUUUUGGGGCUCUAGGAAUCACUAAUAAGCCGGAGUCUUUUGAACGCAUAAUAAUGGACAUGUAUUUCAAAAGAAACAUUGUAUAUAUACUGUACUGCACAUCAUUUGACGUCUUUUCCUUGUAAACGAUGUGUGUACAAAAUAAUAUUCUAAAAUGGA